AUGGCGGGAGGGGCGGAGGCGGCGAGCGAUGUGACGGUCCACGUCACCACGCCGCUGUUGCCGCGCGAGGUUUCUGCUCCCGCAAGACACGUGACGCCCAGCGAUGGGAGCCCUUCAACGCCGCAUUCCCCGGGUGCACGUCGCAUCGCUGCAGCUGCAAGGAUCGCCGCUGUCGUCGGGUGCGUCGCUCUGCUCGCCGCGCUCUGCCUCCUCGAGCCGCGCCGAGCUGGCCUUGCGACACGAGCUGAUGGUGCCGCCGAAAGCAGCAGCAGCAGCAGCAGCAGCGCGGCUGUUCGUUUCUUCGCAUUCGGCGACUGGGGUCGCAACGGCACGUUCAACCAAUCGCUCAUCGCACAGCAGAUGGGUGCAGUGGGGAAGCAAAUGGCGCCGCAGUUCGUGGUGUCGGUGGGGGACAACUUCUACGACGAGGGGCUGACGGACGUGAACGAUGACGAGUUCGCGCGCUCCUUCACCAACAUCUACACCCAUCGCACCCUGCAGGUCCCCUGGUAUGCAGUGCUGGGCAACCACGACUACUACGGCAACGCCCUCGCUCAGCUGCACCCUGCGCUCGCCAACAGGGACCCGCGCUGGGUGUGCCGCCGCAGCAUGGCGCUCUCCCUGCCGCUCUGCCCGUCCGCCAGCGUUGACUGCGUUGACCUGGUUGACCUGUUCCUCUACGACACCACGCCCCUCGUGCCCGCGUACCGCCACAAGAAGGGGCGGCGCGUGGACUGGCGCGGACUCAACUCCGCUAACUGGACUCAGCAGGAGGCCGCUCAGCUGCAGGAGCUGGAGGGGUGGUUGGGCAACUCGCGGGCGCGGUGGAAGGUGGUGGUGGGGCACCACCCGGUGUUCAGCUAUGGGCACCACGGCGACCAGCAGGAGUUGAUCGACCGCGUCAAGCCGCUGCUCGAGCUACGGGCACCAUGGCGACCAGCAGGAGAUGAUCGACCACGUCAAGCCGCUGCUCGAGUGCUGCUGCAGGUGGUGGUGGGGCACCACCCAGUGUUCAGCUAUGGGCACCACCCAGUGUUCAGCUAUGGGCACCACCCAGUGUUCAGCUAUGGGCACCACCCAGUGUUCAGCUAUGGGCAGCACCCAGUGUUCAGCUAUGGGCAGCACCAGCAGGAGAUGAUCGACUGGCAGCACCAGCAGGAGAUGAUCGACUGGCAGCACCAGCAGGAGAUGAUCGACUGGCAGCACCAGCAGGAGAUGAUCGACUGGCAGCACCAGCAGGAGAUGAUCGACUGGCAGCACCAGCAGGAGAUGAUCGACUGGCAGCACCAGCAGGAGAUGAUCGACUGGCAGCACCAGCAGGAGAUGAUCGACUGGCAGCACCAGCAGGAGAUGAUUGUAAACUAUUUCACGGUGGGCGGUGGAUCCAAGGCAUGGCGCAGCGACGCCCCCUCAGAAGCCCCAGGGCUGCGCUUCUACUUUCCCGGCCAGGGCUUCAGCGCACUGCAGGUGAACAGGGACAGACUCACAGUUGCAUUCUAUGGCGUGGACGGCCAACAGAUGUACUCCACUAGCUUGGAAAACGCUCAGCAGGAGACACCCACAUGGCAGCGGCAUCCGGCACCUCCGCAUGCGCUGCUGCUGCCACGUUCCUGGAAAGUGGGCCAGGGGGAGAGAGUGCAUGCAGGCAUGAGGGGCAACCGCCACGAGGCUUGUCUGCAGCACUGCCCUGCAUGUGGGGCUGUGGCAUGUGGGGCUGUGGCAUGUGGGGCUGUGGCAUGUGGGGCUGUGGCAUGUGGGGCUGUGGCAUGUGGGGCUGUGGCAUGUGGGGCUGUGGCAUGUGGGGCUGUGGCAUGUGGGGCUGUGGCAUGUGGGGCUGUGGCAUGUGGGGCUGUGGCAUGUGGGGCUGUGGCAUGUGGGGCUGUGGCAUGUGGGGCUGUGGCAUGUGGGGCUGUGGCAUGUGGGGCUGUGGCAUGUGGGGCUGUGGCAUGUGGGGCUGUGGCAUGUGGGGCUGUGGCAUGUGGGGCUGUGGCAUGUGGGGCUGUGGCAUGUGGGGCUGUGGCAUGUGGGGCUGUGGCAUGUGGGGCUGUGGCAUGUGGGGCUGUGGCAUGUGGGGCUGUGGCAUGUGGGGCUGUGGCAUGUGGGGCUGUGGCAUGUGGGGCUGUGGCAUGUGGGGCUGUGGCAUGUGGGGCUGUGGCAUGUGGGGCUGUGGCAUGUGGGGCUGUGGCAUGUGGGGCUGUGGCAUGUGGGGCUGUGGCAUGUGGGGCUGUGGCAUGUGGGGCUGUGGCAUGUGGGGCUGUGGCAUGUGGGGCUGUGGCAUGUGGGGCUGUGGCAUGUGGGGCUGUGGCAUGUGGGGCUGUGGCAUGUGGGGCUGUGGCAUGUGGGGCUGUGGCAUGUGGGGCUGUGGCAUGUGGGGCUGUGGCAUGUGGGGCUGUGGCAUGUGGGGCUGUGGCAUGUGGGGCUGUGGCAUGUGGGGCUGUGGCAUGUGGGGCUGUGGCAUGUGGGGCUGUGGCAUGUGGGGCUGUGGCAUGUGGGGCUGUGGCAUGUGGGGCUGUGGCAUGUGGGGCUGUGGCAUGUGGGGCUGUGGCAUGUGGGGCUGUGGCAUGUGGGGCUGUGGCAUGUGGGGCUGUGGCAUGUGGGGCUGUGGCAUGUGGGGCUGUGGCAUGUGGGGCUGUGGCAUGUGGGGCUGUGGCAUGUGGGGCUGUGGCAUGUGGGGCUGUGGCAUGUGGGGCUGUGGCAUGUGGGGCUGUGGCAUGUGGGGCUGUGGCAUGUGGGGCUGUGGCAUGUGGGGCUGUGGCACAUGGUGCUGUGGCACAUGGGGCUGUGGCACAUGGGGCUGUGGCACAUGGUGCUGUGGCACAUGGGGCUGUGGCACAUGGGGCUGUGGCACAUGGUGCUGUGGCACAUGGGGCUGUGGCACAUGGGGCUGUGGCACAUGGUGCUGUGGCACAUGGGGCUGUGGCACAUGGGGCUGUGGCACAUGGGGCUGUGGCACAUGGGGCUGUGGCACAUGGGGCUGUGGCACAUGGUGCAACCCUGGGCCGCACGCCUACCCCGCCCCAGACAGCACCAUGCCACACAAAUUCUGAAGCAUCUCAGCACACAGCAGCAGCCCCACACUCCCACCUGUCCUCGCCACACAGCAUCUCCCCCACACUCCCACCUGUCCUCGCCACACAGCAGCUCCCCCACACUCCCACCUGUCCUCGCCACACAGCAGCUCCCCCACCUGUCGGUGGUAUCCCCGUGGCCCAGCUGCCCGCUGGUGGCUCGCCCCCACGAGAACACGUUGCCACCCUCACUCAACACCACCGUGUGCCGCCACCCACACGCCACCGCCACCACCCGCUGCCGCCACAGGGUUUGGGGAAGGGGAGGGAGGGGAGGAGGAAUGGAGCAGAGGGAGGAAACGAGCGUGAGGAGGGGCACAGAGGCAAAGAGAGGGAGGUGCGAGGUGGGCAGGGAAGGGGAGAACGUGUGGAUGUGGGGAGUUGGGGAGCAGUGCAGCAAGGGGAGCACAGAAGCAUGACUGCCAUGAAACCCAUUCCCUCUCAACACUCCUCCCCUUUUCCAUCCCUUCCCCUUCCCAUCGAUCCCCCCCUUUCCCCCCUCCGUCCGUACACAGCAGACACACAGCUGACCUCGGAAAUGCUCUCUAUCCGCUGGGGCGAGCACUGGUCCUCCGAGUUGCCCACUCCCACCUGCCCGAACUGA